AUGUCGAACGACAAGGGUCUUGAGGACCUCGCUGAGGGUCAGAUCGAGUCUAACUACGAUGAGAUCACCGACUCCUUCGACGCCAUGGACCUGAAGCCCGAGCUGCUUCGCGGUGUCUACGCCUACGGUUUCGAGCGUCCCUCCGCUAUCCAGCAGCGCGCCAUCAUGCCCAUCAUCAAGGGCAACGAUGUCAUCGCUCAGGCUCAGUCCGGUACCGGAAAGACUGCCACUUUCUCCAUCUCCGCUCUGCAGAAGAUCGACCCCAACCUGAAGGCUUGCCAGGCUCUGAUCCUUGCUCCCACCCGUGAGCUGGCUCAGCAGAUCCAGAAGGUUGUUGUUGCCAUUGGUGACUUCAUGACCCUUGAGGCCCCCCAGGUCGUUGUCGGUACCCCCGGCCGUGUCCAGGAUAUGAUCCAGCGUCGCGUCCUCCGCACCGACCACAUGAAGCUCUUCAUCCUCGACGAGGCCGAUGAGAUGCUGUCCCGUGGUUUCACCGAGCAGAUCUACGACAUCUUCCAGCUCCUUCCCCAGUCCACCCAGGUUACCCUGCUCUCCGCCACCAUGCCCCAGGACGUCCUCGAGGUCACCACCAAGUUCAUGCGUGACCCCGUCCGUAUCCUGGUCAAGAAGCAGGAGCUUACCCUUGAGGGUAUCAAGCAGUUCUACAUCGCUGUUGAGAAGGAGGAGUGGAAGCUCGACACCCUGUCCGAUCUCUACGAGACCGUCACCAUCACCCAGGCCGUUAUCUUCUGCAACACCCGCCGCAAGGUCGACUGGCUCACCGACAAGCUCACUGCUCGUGACUUCACUGUCUCUGCCAUGCACGGAGAUAUGGAGCAGGGCCAGCGUGAUGUUAUCAUGAAGGAGUUCCGUUCCGGUUCUUCCCGUGUCCUGAUCGCCACUGACCUUUUGGCCCGUGGUAUCGAUGUCCAGCAGGUUUCCCUGGUCAUCAACUACGAUCUCCCCGCCAACCGUGAGAACUACAUUCACCGUAUCGGUCGUGGUGGUCGUUUCGGUCGUAAGGGUGUUGCCAUCAACUUCGUCACCGCUGACGAUGUUCGCAUGCUCCGCGAGAUCGAGCAGUUCUACAGCACCCAGGUUGAGGAGAUGCCCAUGAACGUUGCUGACCUCAUCUAA